GGACCCACAACAUUUAUCCCUGUUCAAGCUGGGAAUUCUUCAAAUUGCUCGUCUUCGUGUUCUGAUGUUCCAUCUCCCUCAGCUCUUCAUCUUCCUCUUUCACAUCUGAACUCCAUGAAAUGUCAAUUGUGAUUAAAGCAAGAUGAAUUCGAUUUUGGUAAUUUGAAUUGAUUUUGGUGAUUUCAUUUCAUUCAAUUGUGAAUUCUCGAUUUUCAGUCUCCUCUUUCAUUACUUAAUCUUCUUCUUUUAAAUUUGAACUCCAUGAAAUAUAAUGUAUUUUCAUUAUUUUUUUUUUCAUUGUGACUUCUGUAAAGCAAGAUCAAUUUGAUUCCUAAGCAUUUUCUCUCAGUCUACAACUAUGGGAUCAAACUACAGACCUUUAGUUUACAAAACUGACGCUCUACCACUGAGCUAUAGGGCCCUAUUUGUUAUCAAUUUAUAUUAAACAGAACAAACUUCUUAAGAUUGAUGUAUUUCAGGAUUAAAAAGCGAUAAGGGAAAGAGGGGCCAUUUCUAGUAAUUUUGAUGCAUUUAAAUUCAACUUUCUUUGCUCCAAAAAUGGAGGAAACUUUUGAUCCUGUAAGCUAAUUUAUUGUAAUUCGUCCAUUCUCCUUCAAUUUUUACCCUUAAUUUGUUGUUUUUAAUUUGUUGAUUUCGAUAUAAUAGGAUCUAAUUCAUGCCAUUUUUAAACUCAUCUGGCGCAGAAUAACCCUAGGUUCUCUCUCCCUAGGUGAAUAUAUACAUAUAUAGAAGGAUUUUAUUUUAUUUGUUUCUUUUUGAAUUGAGAUUUAAGUGUGAUUUGAAGGAACAAGCUCACCCUUUUCAUUUUAUAGAUCCCUCUGAAUUGAGGGUUAAUAGGAAAGAGGGGUUUAGAAUGGGAUUUGAAUGAUUGGAUAUAGGAUGGAGAUCUCUUUAUUGUUAGACCUUCCAAUUCUAUCCCACAAAUUUUCAAGGCCAACAAUUUAUCCCUGUUCAAGCUGGUAAUUCUUUGAAUUUCUUUUUCAUCUGUUCGGUUUUUCAUUUGACUGUAAUUCAGAUGAUAUGAUUCCAAGUUGGUUCCAUAGAAUUUAGAGGAUAUGGUUCCAAGUUGGUACUUCUCUUUCUGCUUGUAAUUCAUAUGAUGAAAAUGUGGCCAUGAUUGGUGAGUUUUGACUGAAGUGGUGACUAGGUAGAGAAAUAAAGGUUUGUUUCUGAUGGACUGGUUUUGUCAUUUGUAAGAGAUCAUCCCUGUCUCACUUAGUGAGGUGCAUGAAGAUUUGUUUUGAUUUUCAUUUUAGGUUAGUUUUUACAUUUGAUUUUUAGGUUUGUUUUGAUUUUGGUUAAUUUAAAUGGGUAUGUUUGAGAUUUGUUAUUUGUCAUGAUGCCUAAGGCUGCCAUAGCCUUAACCAUUGGUGCGUCUAUUCUGGGUCAGGUAAUUAGCUCAAGAGUUGAGCGGAUUAGGAUGAAAAUAGUGAGUGAGACGCACAUUUCAGCGUCACAAAAAGCUGGCAAUGAAGAUUCUACAAACUACAACUCUGACAAUGAGAGAGUUUUUCUAAAUUCCAUUGUGGAAAUCAGCAAAUGAUGUCGGUGACACUUUCUAGCAAGCGUGUUAAUGCAGAUUUGUGUGGAGCUGGAGGGAUGUCUGCUUCCAAGACAGUUUAGGAUGCUGAAAUGAAGUACAAUCAAUUGUGAUAGUUUGCAAUAUAUAGGUUAUAUGAAUCGCCCUGGACGGUCUCCAGUGCGUUAUCAUUUGGGCUCUAAUCUUCUCUUUUAAGGGCAAAUUCAAGGCUUCAGAGUGAAUAUAAAACAAGAGAAGAAUAUCAAAUUUUAUUCUGUGGUUUUGAAGCUGCAGGGUAUAGAUGAGGUAGACAUGUUCAUUUGACCUGGAGACUAUGUUUUCUUGUGAACUAUUUGGUUCAUUUCCAACUUUAUUGAGUUUCAAGCUCGUUUAUGAAAUUUAUGAUGUUACACAAGUAUUUUACAUAUGUGUGUUUUCCUUCAUACUUUAAAAUGUUAAUCUUGCAUUUUGUACAGUAAAGGUUAAGUAUUUAAUGCAUGAAAUUAACUGUUGCUCUAACUUCUUCAUCCUUUGGAAGCUUUUCGUUGAAUAAAGUUGAUUACAUUAUGAAAAUUUAUAAGAAACGUGGAGGCAACAUGUAACUGGUGGAAAACUCAGGGAGAUAACAGAGGAAGCCAAAGGCUUUGCUGUUGGAAUUAAGGCCCUUGCUGCUCUCUUUGUUCAUACAGUAGCUGGGGAGCUACAGCAUCAAAUUAGAUCAUGGCUAGUUGAGAAUUUUGAGUUUCAUUCAGUUAUAGGUGAUGAUGCACUAGCGGGUACUACCACUAUCAUGGAUGGUUGGAUUGCUGGGCUUGGUGCUGCUUUACCUCCAAAAUACAGAUGCUCUUGGUCAACUCCUAUUUGAGUACACAAAACGGGUGUAUACAUCUCAGUUGCAGCAUCUGAAGGAUAUUGCAGGCACAUUGUCAAUGGAAAUGGCUAAAGAUCCUGCUCAGAUAUUGCAACAGAUGAAAGUUGACGCAAGUCUACUAACGUUGGAAGGCGGUGGCUUGCCAAUACCAAAUCCUUCUACUGCAGCUGAAGAUGCAAGGCUUGCAUCUCUGAUUUCCCUUGAUGGCAUAUUGACACAAGUCAAGGUCAUAACAAGGCAAGGUUCCAUAAAUUCCUUGAGUAAAAGCAAGAAAAGAGCAAUGUUUACUUCUCUAGAUGAACUUGGUGAGCAAAUGCCAUCUCUUCUUGAGAUUGAUCAUCCAUGUGCCCCGAGGCAAAUUGCUGAAGCUCGAGUCAUUGUUGAGGUAUGCCCACUCAUUCAUUGAAGUAUUCGCAUUUUCACUACUCCCAUCAUUUUAUUAUGAUCCUUUCUAAAAAUCCAGCAUUAUGAUCCAUGUAGUAACUCGGGUCUAAUGGUUGUUCGAUAAAACUUUCCCUUUAGCUUUAAGGGCAUACUUCGAUCACAUAAUAUUCUACUUGUCGCUUCAUUUUUGUCACCCACACUUGAUUUCAUGGAUCACGGGAUAUAAAUUACAUAAAGUUAACGUUAUGUCUGUAUUUUCUUUACUUGAUGUUAAUUUAGUAUUUUCUUUGCUUGAGCUGAACUUUAAAGUCAAGUUUAUAUUUUCUUUACUUGAGCCAAUGCUCCAUAUUUUUUGGUUAUAAGAUUGUAAGAUUGUGUUGUCAGAUUCAACUUCUGUACCAAUUACAAUGGCAGCAUCUGCAUCAAAGUAUUUUUUCACAACUAAGCUUUUUCAAUCCAAAUGACUUUUGACUGCUUAGUGCAAUGAGGUUCAUGUUCAUUUUGUUCAAGUAUUUUUGAAAAGUGGCACCAUCAAUAUUCAUGUAUUAUAUACUAUGAUUGUGGAAGUAUCACUUAUGAGGAUACCUUUCUUCUCAUCAACACUACUUUGUUUUAAGUCAUUUUGAAAAUUUGUGUACAUAUGAAUAUAACUUGGAUUUUUUUAUUUGUUACUUUAAAUCUUUGUACAUUUAGUUUUUUUUACCCUUUCUUUUUGAAACUACCAACCAAUGUAAGAGUGUGUCCAACAACCAGCACAACUAUACAUACAAUAAUAAUGUAUGUAAUGAUUUGUUGAAUGUUUACUUCUUUAUUACUUUGUUCAAUUCAAUUUCUUUUGAGUUGAACUUAAUUUUGUAGCAAUCUGAUACUUCCAGUUGGAGGGCUAUAAUUGUAAUUCGGCAAAGCCUUCUAAUAUUUAGGUGGAAUUGUAGCUUUAGAUGAAAAUUUGAAAAAAAUAAGACUUUUUAAUGACUUUAUUCAAAAAACAAGUUUCGUUUAAACUUUAUUUUUAAAAUAAGCGUCUUUGGCCCCAAAGCUAGGCUUGGUACAUAAUUGCUGUUACUAACAGCGAGUAUAAAGAAAUGGUAAAAAAAUUUAGUCAAUGGUAAAGUCGCUGUUACUAACAGCGAUAUAUGGUCAAACCUAGUCAAACUUUAAAGUCUCUGUUAGUACCAGCGACCUUAUGCGUGCCUAAAUACAGCAGUCUUCUUCCUCCUUCCUCAUUUCACAUAACUUCGUUUUACAGCCCUAACCCUUAAAGUCGCUGUUACUAACAGCGAACAAAUAGUUUCUUCCUCGAUCACAUAAUAUUCCAAUAGUCGCUCUCUAUUUUUUCCACCCACAUAAUUUUAUGGUUCACAUCUUGUUGGAUGUCCCCACUACUCUGAAAUAUAGAAUUGAGGUAUUUGAAGCACCCACUUGAAAUAGUUUCUUUCGCUUCUAGCUUUAUGAUGUCUCUUGUUAUCUCGUUCUUGCUAAAAUACACUUCAUCUACUUUAUUUUGCUCUGAUUUAAUUUGCAACCUCAUGACCCCAAUUCUUGUCUCCUUCAUUCUAACUUAGCAUUUACCCCCUUUUUAGUGUCAUCUACCAAAACAAUGUCAUCAACAAACAACAUGCACUAAGGCACCCCUUCUUGUAUCCAUUGUGUUUAUCUCAUUUAAGACCACGGCAAAAAGAAAGGGGCUCACGAUCGAGCUUUGAUAAUGCCAAUUGUGAUGGGAAAAUCCUUUAUUGCCCCUCCAUGCGACUAGCUUUACUAUUUGCUGCAAUCAAAGGAAACCGCGUCCUUGGUUUCUUGAUUUCACCCUUGGUGAAAGGAUGUUCUUCUCUGCUAGUAGUGUCUAAAACCUAAAUAUAAUAACAAAAAUACUUUAGAUUUUUCAUAUAGUAUUACAUACCAUAAAUAUAAUUUAAAAAUUAUAUUUGCCUUUUCAACAUGAUCAACAAUUUCUAUGACAGUAGAUGAUAUAUCGUGCAUAUAUCUUAUAAUGUAAUAGCCACAAUCAAGAUUAUUUUGUUGUCGUGCGCACAAUAUUAGAAAGAAAUCAAUAAAGAUUCAUGUCAAACUUUGUUUCAAAUACAAAGUUCUUAAAAAGACUACUUAACACAUAAUUUUGCACAUGUCUAUUUAAGACUCAAAUCAUUUAAAUGAUGAGAAAUCAAAAUAUAUAUUAAAUAAAUCUAUAAAUUAAGUAAUUAAAUUAAGGAUUAUUCUGGAGUUUUUUCCCAAAAUAAUGCCAAAGAUAUAAAUAUUUUCCAAUCUACAUCAAAGGGAAAAAUAUUUCCCUGACAAUAUGUCGUUGUUAGUACCUUGACUAAAUUUUUUGACCAUUUCUUUAUACUCACUGUUAGUAACAACGAUUACGUAUCAAGCCUAGCUUUGGGGCCAAAGACGCUUAUUUUGGAAAUAAAGUUUGAACGAAGCUUAUUUUUUGAAUAAAGUCAUUAAAAAGUCUUAUUUUUUUCAAAUUUUCGCUCUAAAUUAUGUUAGGAUUUUAUUUGUUACUCUAGAUUUAAAUUGCAAAAGUUACCCAACUUAUGUCUAAAUAUAAUGCUAAAAUUAGAUAAUUGUAGGCAAGUCGUCACUAACAUUUAUCUUCCUUCUUAGUUGUGUGAAUGGAGAAAAUAGUUAAGUUUAUCAUAUUUAUGUAAUGCAUGACCCAAUCUCAUCUUUUCUUGUAGUAAAUUGCUCUUUUGUCAACAAAAAUUAUAUCUUGCUUUACUCUAUGGUUGCCAACUCAAAUAGGUUAUUAUUGGUAGUAUUAUAUGAGAUGGAACAUUGUCAACUAGUUGUAUUCAAUUUAAUGCAUUACUUUUUUCAUAAAAUUAUAUAUUAUAACUUUUUUACAUAAUACUUUCAUUAAACUAUAAAUAGUACAAUUUUUUAAUCUAAAUUACUUAACUUGGGACGGGCCUGCCGGAAUAACUUCUAAAUUAAAAUAUUAGUUUCAGCAUUCGUUCAUAUGGAUUUUUCUUCCCAGUUCAUUCUAAUUUUCAAUAAUUUUAAUUAAUAAGUCUAGGCCAUUUAUAUCAAUUUCUACUCUUGUCCUUCGAAUUAUCUUCGGUCUUUUUUCCCUAUUUUUAAUUCCUUCGAGCUUUAGCUUUCUAUCUUCUUUAUCAAUCUGUUACUACUUCGUCAUUGCACAUGUUCAAACCAUCUUAAACGAUUAUAUUUUAUUUUUUCCUCAAUAUAUGUAACUCGUAAAAUCUUUGUUAUAUAUUCACUUCGAAUGAUAUCCCUAAAGUUUGUCCACUCAUUCAGUCCAAGCAUUUGCAUUUUCACUACUCCCUCUUUCUACUAUGAUCCUUUCUAAAAGUUCAACGUUCUGAUCCAUAUAGUAGCACCUCGAUCACAUAAUAUUCCAAUAGUCGCUCUCUAUUUUUUCCACCCACAUAAUUUUAUGGUUCACAUCUUGUUGGAUGUCCCCACUACUCUGAAAUAUAGAAUUGAGGUAUUUGAAGCACCCACUUGAAAUAGUUUCUUUCGCUUCUAGCUUUAUGAUGUCUCUUGUUAUCUCGUUCUUGCUAAAAUACACUUCAUCUACUUUAUCUUGCUCUGAUUUAAUUUGCAACCUCAUGACCCCAAUUCUUGUCUCCUUCAUUCUAACUUAGCAUUUACCCCCUUUUUAGUGUCAUCUACCAAAACAAUGUCAUCAACAAACAACAUGCACUAAGGCACCCCUUCUUGUAUCCAUUGUGUUUAUCUCAUUUAAGACCACGGCAAAAAGAAAGGGGCUCACGAUCGAGCUUUGAUAAUGCCAAUUGUGAUGGGAAAAUCCUUUAUUGCCCCUCCAUGCGACUAGCUUUACUAUUUGCUGCAAUCAAAGGAAACCGCGUCCUUGGUUUCUUGAUUUCACCCUUGGUGAAAGGAUGUUCUUCUCUGCUAGUAGUGUCUAAAACCUAAAUAUAAUAACAAAAAUACUUUAGAUUUUUCAUAUAGUAUUACAUACCAUAAAUAUAAUUUAAAAAUUAUAUUUGCCUUUUCAACAUGAUCAACAAUUUCUAUGACAGUAGAUGAUAUAUCGUGCAUAUAUCUUAUAAUGUAAUAGCCACAAUCAAGAUUAUUUUUG